UUGUCAUCGUUUGCAGUCCACAUCAGCCACAGUCAUUCACUUUCCGGCUUCCCGGAAAUAUCCCGGUGCGCCGACUGUUCACAAACAUUAUUAAGCAGUUUAUCCUUUUUAAAAUGUUGCUGCAGUGUUGGAUUUUUCCAUUCCUUGCUUUCAAUGGGCGAGGAAAAGCCAGACACGCUGGACUUCGUGAAGGAUUUCCAGGAGUAUCUGAGCCAGCAGACCCAGCAUGUCAACAUGAUAUCGGGCUCCGUCAGCGGCGUUAAGGAGGCCGAUGAACUACCGGCCGAUUGCAGUCAGAACGGGCUGGAUCACCCGGCGGUGGACAUGUCCCUGGAGGACGGCGCUGGGAUUUUGGUGGACGGUUUUGAGAGAACCUUUGACGGCAAACUCAAGUGCCUGUACUGCAGCUACGCCACCCGAGGCACAGCGAGACUCGUCGAGCACAUUCGAAUGCACACAGGAGAGAAACCCCACCGCUGCCACCUGUGCCCGUUCGCCUCGGCCUACGAGCGCCACCUGGAGGCCCACAUGCGCUCGCACACGGGCGAGAAGCCGUACAAGUGCGAGCUGUGCUCCUUCCGCUGCAGCGACCGCAGCAACCUGUCGCACCACCGCCGACGGCGCCACAAACUGGUCCCGAAGAAGGAUGCCCGCUCGCUGCCGCACAAGAAGAUGCUGAGCGUGCUGCAGAAAAAAAGCAGCUCGCUCGGCUACGGCCGCCGCCUCCUCAUCGCCUCGUGCUCUUCUACGCCCAGGGCCUGCGACGCGGACGACCGCUCCCGUGAGCUGCCGAACGAGGCUUAUGACGACGGUCUGGGCGAGGAGGAGCCUCAAAGCCACCUGCGGUCCAACCUGAUCAUGGAGAACCCCCUCAACCAGCUCUCCACCCUGGCGGGCCAGUGCGCCAGCCUCCCGCCUUCGCUCCAGCCCCCUUCGUCCCCAGGAGCGGAAUCCGACGCGGAGGAGAAGCCACUCCUCAUCCAGCGCCCGCUCGCCUCCUCCUCGCCGGCCACCCCCGAACCGCGAGCGCCCCCUCAGCUUAGCAACUGCAGCCCGGCGGGCAGCGAGCGCAGCGGGCCCACCAGCGCCACCAACAGC